UGAGGCCCACAUAUUUUCAAAAGGAGCAAACAAGUGAACGAAAGAUUUCAAUUUGUUUCCGCCAACCUAACUUAAAUUCAAAUUGGAGCCCGUUGCUCCAAAAUAAAUUACUCCAAAAGUAUUCUUAAAUCGCGGGUACUCGGACUUGCUCCGUUUGGCUAUAGCCAUCGAUAGGUUAUGCCUUAAUCCGAGCCUGCGUUUACCGAUAGCCCCGGGCACACGUGUUUGUCCGGCGUGGUACACUCAGGGUGUCAGAGAAGACGGACCGCGGGGUGACUGGUUGUAUAUGCAUAUGCACGGUGACACGAAACGGGAAAACAGUGGGGAAAAAGAGCGAAAGCUCGCGGUGAAAGCGAAUCGAAGGGACAGAAUACGGGGGGAAGGUAGACCGGGGACAGUGUCGUUCGGUUCCCACGACGCGAGUUGUUCGUUCGUCGCGCGUCGAUACCGGUGAUCGUGGAUGAACGUUCGCUUUUUUCGAAAGGAAAAUUUGGAAUGUAAGCGGCGGAACAACGGCAACGGCAGUGGCUGCGCGGCUGCAACGACAGCGACAGCGACGACGGCGACGGCGACGGGGCGACCGGACGGGUGGAGUGUGCAGCAAGAGGGAGGGAGCGCGCGCGGAGGAUCACUCUCGCUUUCGUUCGGGCUCUCCGUCUCUCUUUCUCUACCCUGUCCCUCUCUCAAACCCACUCUCUUCGCCUCUCUGACGCUGCUCUCUGACGCUGUUCGCCGACGGAAAGAGAAAGGGAGACGAAGAAGGAGAGCGAGAGAGACGCGAGAGUAGCGUCGCGCGGAAACAGAGCCGGAGCGCGCGCAGCCUGCGCAACAAAGAGAGAAAACAGCUCGACCAACCGAAGAAACCGGGAAGGAGAAGGAUCGUACAAAUCAACCGCCUUCUAACAAGCCACAUUAACCUCAAGUGAUUUCUAUUUUCUUACGAAGCGCGAAAGAAGUAAUUAGUGUGUUUAUAUCGACGUAAAGGGGAAGGAUAAACAAAACGAGAAAAGAAAAAAAAAAUAUUCCAAGAGCUUAGGUUCGAGAAGAAGAGGAAGACGACAAAGGAUUAAGAGCUAUAGUAUCUAAUUAGUGUACAAAUUAUAUCUGAAGUAAAUAACAAAAAGUGAACAAAAAUAAAAAGUCCGCCAGUGCCAAAUCAAAUAGACGAAAGGGAAACAAGUAACGAUCGUUAAGCGAGCAAACAAAAAGGAAGAGGAAAGACAAACGAGCUAAAGAAGAAAAAGAGAAGGAAAGAAAACGGAAAACGCUGAAACGAUACGAAAGAUAGUAUAAAAACUGCGCGAUAAAGGGGGGAAAAACCGUAAACCAAAGAAUCUACCAUUUCAUUUUUCUACUAAUCACUCAGCAAGUAACGAUACUCACUAACCAGCGAGGGGGACGCAUCGUCGAUCUCUUCGCGAGCAGAUAUAAAUUAAGAGCAAACCGACCGACAAAGUUUUUUCUAAGCUAUAUAGAAGUUUUAAUUAAGCACUAAGUAAGGGUUAACAAUUUGAAGAAAAAGAAAAGAAAAGAAAGAGAAAAGCGAAAAGAACGCACCCACCGAGCGAGUGUCUAUCGGGAAGUCCCAUCCAAAGCGAGUGCAGACGGAGGAAACGCAGGUCGCCCUAUAUAUCCAGAGACACGGGGGGACUCGCGCAUAAUUACUCCCAGAGAAACCGAUCUACUUCAGUUCGUAGCCUAAACCUGUUGAGUACAAACGACAGAAAUAGAGUUAUAGAGAUAGAGAGUGGUAGAGGUAGAGGAGCAAGCGAGCAAGUGAGGAUACGAGCGUGCGCGCGAGAGAUAGAGAUAAAGCUAAGAGGGCAAACUAUAGAAGGGAGGAUUAAUCGAGGGAAGACGGGUACAAGUGAUAGAGUCAGGAAGAAUUCUACCUAGAGAAGCAGAAAAUUUGACGCGUACCAAGAAGAUAUCAGAGUACAUGUGAUAAUACCGAGGAGCCAAUCAGGCGAGGCAAAUAAAUCAGCGUAGCCAUUCGAACGUUCCUCCUAGAGGAAUUCUUCCAGUAAAAGUAACUUGGCGAAUUGCGAUCCCGAUCCAAGCCAGAUGUCAAGGUGCUGCGAGCGGUCGAUUCGGCUAACGAGCGUCCAGUCACGAUCCUAGAGGGAUCGAGGGGUCGUGUUCCGCGAGCGAGGUGUUCCAUCCAGCCAGAGGAGACAACGAAGCAACCUAGUGGAACGGUAACGCGAACCUCCUGCGAGCAGGGGGCUCGAGUCGCGAUGACGCGACGGGGAAGAUGAGCACAGAGGUAACGAAGGAGGUCGGCGCCACCGAGAGGGUAGCAGGCAGCCCUCCGGCGGCGGUAGCGACCUCGCCGAGCUCGGUUGGUCCGGGUGAUCCGGCGCGGCACCUGCCGCCGUUCAGCAGCUUCGCCGGGGACAACGCGAUGGACAGCUCGACGACACUGACCACUCUUCACCCACAGGACGUGGGGCUGGGUCUGACGUCCUCCUGGGACUACUACGAGGGCCUGACCGGCCGACUGAUCGACUCUCGCGGCGAGGUAGUGCUGGCCAGCCAGUACAGGCCCUGGGAGUCGAAAAACGCCGGCGGUGGACCUGGCGAGGGUCUGCCAAGCUUCGCCAGCCAAUUCACAGCUCCCAGCGAAGCCGAACCCCAAUUGACGGCGCUCACUCCAUUGUCGCCAGCCUCGAUAUCGCACUCGCCACCUGUCACGUCGGCCGUCGGGUUGCCCAGCUUCCACACGCUCGGAACACCGCUACCGGCGCCUCAUCCGCACAGAGGUAGCGUUGGGUAUCCCCUGGUGCCCGCGCCCGUCCAGGCCAGAGAGGUGCCCGCCCUUCAGCAGCAGCUACUAGAUGAGAGGCACAUACAAUUGCUAGGCUCGAGCCCCGUCCAGGCGUUCCCGCCACCGCCCCCGGGACAUCCCCAUCACACCGUGCUGACGGUGGUCAAGCCUGAGUACCCGCAGUUGCAUCACGCCAACUUCCAGAACCCGAUGUCCACGGUACUCGACUCCACGCCCACGUCCAGGCCGAUCGGGAUCGACGGCCGCAAGAAGGAACGUAGAAAAAUACGCGCCGGCUCCAUGGAGUCGGAGGACAGCGCUGGAGCAGGGAACGUGGAGAGCUCGGGGCAAGUGGCCGCCGUUUCCUCGACGGCGAACAGAGGACCGCAUCACAUGGGCGGAGGGAUGACGGAUCCCGACGGGGACGGCGGACUCAGCGACAAACCGGCCAAGAAGAAGCGCAAAAGGUGCGGGGAGUGCAUCGGUUGCCAACGCAAGGACAACUGCGGGGACUGCGCGCCCUGCAGAAACGACAAGAGCCACCAGAUCUGCAAGAUGAGGCGGUGCGAGAAACUCACCGAGAAGAAGCACCUGUACCAUCUGCAAACGGGCGAGGGUGCGUUCAGAGAGAGGGGGAGGGGCCGAGGCAAAGGUGCAACGAGGAGUUAUCGAAAGAUCGCCCGGCAAGUAAGCACACCGGACAGCGCACCUGCAGGCUUAGGCAGUCCCCAGGCUGGCAUCGGGCUGCAGCAGCAUCAGCAACAACCGCAACAACAAACGCCACAAACGCUCCAUCAACCGGAUCCCAUGCAGCAGUCCAAGGACAAUUUGAAUCCCGCGGCCAACCAGCAGACCGGGGGCCUUAGAAACGGAAAUCCGCCGCCUCCUGUCGUUUCUAUGUCCCCGGGAGUGAUGCCAUUCUACGGCGACACCAGCGCCGGUUUCCGGCCAGCAGCUGGUUUUGGGAAUACCGUUUGGCACCAGGGAGUUACUCCCGUGGGAGCAGUUGCGGUUGAAACGUCAGCAGCACCAUGGCCGCCUCAGCAGUUCAUUCAACAAAUCCCAGCCCCGAACCAGCUCGAAGAGCUGAGGUAUCAUACCCAGUACACAGCCGCAGCGUCCUACCAUCCACAGCCAGUUGCAUAUCAGCAGCAGACUUUCAUUACAACGGAUCAGUCGGCGUUUCAACGCGCCGGGGCGACAGGACAAUACACAAUUACGGGGCAACCCUCGCCCUUGCCACCGGUCGCCCCACAAACGGUGCCAUCGACAGCUCAGAGGCCACUAAACGGUCAAUUCAUGGAUCCGGCUGCCACCGCGACCCAAUCAGUCGGUUAUGAAAGGCAGGAUUACGUCAAUGGUUACCAACAACAGGACGUGACGAUGGCACCGCCACCCUCAACCACCCCCACGAGUCGUAGCAGCUCGGUGCAUAUGGAUAAUCAACAGCAACAGCAGACCCCCCAGCAGCCGCAGUCGCAGCCCCAGCAACCCCAGACGGACACGCAGGUGAAGGGAUUCGCGACAAUCGCGGCCAGCAACGUGUCGGGAAACGAGAUGCCUGGGUAUCCACUUCAACCGGGCCCACAGAGUUUACACAACUCUAACGGAUAUCCAGGCUACGUGGAGAUGGGUCAGCAACAAGUACAGAACCAAUGGCAAUCGCAAGUGGCUCAGCAACAGUCGCACCAGCAGCAGCAACAGCAACAGCAGCACAUGCAGCGGCAGCACUCGGUACCAGACGGUGGCCAACGACACAUAUGGUCCGACACCAGUACUGCCGCGAAGAUGAACAACGUGAACAACAACAUGAGCUGGUCGGAUGGUACGUUGCAGCAGCAACAGCACCAACAGCAGAAACAGCCCCAGUCCCAGCAGCAAUCGGGUAUGCAGAGUAACAGUAUGAAAGCACAGGAGCAGCAACAGCAGCAAAGCAUGCAGAUGCAGGCACAGCAAGAGCUGCCCAGGCCAGCCAGCCACAUGAGCUGGGAGACCAGUAGCGUUAAGGAGCCGCAAACGCCGCAAUCGUGGUCAGACAAUACCGAUAAUCAGCAGCAACAAACUCAGGGUAACUGGUCCCGGCAGAGUCCGAAGUUGAGGGACAACCAGAAUCCAAGAUUAACACCCUCUAGUCAACAACAAUCCCAGCACCAAGGGUGGCUACAACAUUCGCCGAAGUUGUCGGACCAUCAGCAGAAUCCGUCUCACCAAAGCGCCAGAAUGACGCCAUCUGGUCAGCACAAUUGGCAGCAGAGUAGCCCGGAGAUGCAGGCGCAGCAGAACUCGAAUCAACAGAAUCCGAGGUUAACGCCGUCUGGUCAGCAGAUCACGCAACAACAGCAACAGCAGCAGCAGCAACAACAACAACAACAGCAACAGUGGUCGCAGCAAACGAAAAUUGAAAAGAAUCCCAGACUUACGCCGUCUAAUCAAAUGUCUUGGCCAGACACACCAACUAGUCAACCCAAUUGGUCGCCGAAUAGUAUAAAGAGCGACAGUAGUCAGCAACCUCAGCAGCAAUGGCCAGACUCUCAGCCUAGUCCGAGGAGAACGCCUGGUCACCAGCCGGCCGCGUGGCAGCCCCAACCGCCCGCGCAGGAGAACAAGAUGGACAAUCAGAUGUCGUGGUCGCCGAACUCGGUAACGGAGAAUCAGCCGACCUGGGGCCAGCAAGCGACCAAACAAGACAUGCAGAACUCCGGGGAAAGAGUGCUUUGGCAGCAGCAGGCAACGGACACCGGCAAACCAAACGGAUUUUCAGAUAAUCAAGAUGCUCAGGAGAGUAACGUAUUUGCUCAAUCUAAUCGUGUAAAUUUAAACAGCCGACUGAAAUCGAUGAUACUAAACAAGCAACAGCAACAACAGCAACAGCAACAGCAACAGCAACAGCAACAGCAACAGCAGCAGCAGCAGCAGCAACAGCAACAACAGCAGCAACAGCAACAGCAACAACAGUUGCAACAUCAGCAAAUGCAGCAGCAACAGUCUCAGCACCAGAUGAGUCAUCAAGAACAACAACACCACAAUCUUCACCAUCAAAUGCAGUCUCAGCACGUGAACAGCAACAGCGGAACGAACGGAGACUAUCACGCGGAGGAUCGGUUACGAGAGUCCCACGAGAACGCGGAGAAACUUCAAGAGAAACAAGCGGACCAGUAUUUGAAUCAAUCCAACAUCGUCACCAUGGCGCAAUCCAACGAAUCUUUGACCGGUAAUUUUUUAUUGCAUAGCCACCACCCUCGGGUCGAUAGUUUGCCCGAUGGUGGUGGCUUAUGGGAGUGGUCAGGAGGAGGUAACGCGUUGAACAACGGUAUAACGGCCAUAGACAGUUUCAUGAAGUACGACACGAGCGAGAAAACCGCGCACCAGAAACCGUGCGAGAAGCAACAACAAUCGCAGCAGCACGAGCAACAUCGCGAACAGACGCAACAGCAGAAGCAGCAAGAGCUGUGGAAGGAGGGAGGAUGCAAGAGCAACGACAAUCAGACCAUCGACGACAAGUCCUUUCAGAGGGAAUUGGGUAUAGAGCAGAACGACGAGAAAAUGUUCGAGAAGUGUCAGAAGAACGCCGACAAGGACAAGAGCGAAACGGAGAACGGCCUCGAGUUCCCAGAGACGUCACGCGUGGCCCUGGUAGCCGAGGACGAUCCACCGUACGUGGAAAGCACCGACAAGACGACGUCAUCGAACGCGAACAGCUCCAAUUGCGACUCGUCUCAGAUCAUCAAGCAGGAGAACGUCGGAGAUUACGGCUACUCGGGCUCCGAGUGCGUGCCCUCCCCGGCAGCUUCCUCGAAGAGCGAGAGCUGCGCGUCGAAAGAAAUCAAAAUCGAGCCCGAUCAAAGAUGCCACGAGGGCUCCAUCAGUUACAUGUUCCGCGGAGACGGUGGCCCCGCAAAAGUAUCGCCCGGCGUCGGUUCUUGGUGUUGCCGAAGAGGCGGCACCGAGCAGCCCACCCCCGAGCAUCUGCGCGAGGGUUGUUGCCAAGGUCUCCAGACCAGGGACGAGAUAUUGGCCGACUCAGCCGAGAAGUCCGACGUAAAGAACGAAGGUCCGCAGAGUCCUAGAAGCGGCGGUGUCCCGUCGACGACAAAAUUGCAAGAUCACUUGGACAAACUGAAGAACAAUGUCAGGACCGAAGUACCGGACUGCAACUGCUUCCCCGCCGAUAAAUGUCCGCCAGAGCCCGGCUCGUACUACACUCACCUCGGGGCGGCUGCAAACUUGCCCGACCUACGGAACGAUCUUGAAAGAAGAACCGGCCUUAAGGGAAACGCCAUAAGAUUCGAAAAGGUCAUCUACACUGGAAAGGAGGGCAAAACCACCCAGGGAUGUCCUAUGGCCAAGUGGAUAAUUCGACGAUCCGGCGUGGAAGAGAAGAUCCUAACCAUAGUGAAACAUCGUCAAGGACACAAGUGCCCGACAGCCUGGAUCGUCGUGGCUAUGGUCGCUUGGGAGGGUGUGCCAACCCACGAGGCCGAUCGGAUCUACUCCCUGUUGAGCCACAAAUUGAAUCGUUUCGGUCUUCCCACGACUAGGAGAUGUGGAACGAACGAACCGAGAACUUGUGCUUGCCAGGGACUCGAUCCCGACAGUUGCGGUGCGAGCUUCUCCUUUGGAUGUUCCUGGUCCAUGUAUUAUAAUGGUUGCAAAUACGCCAGAAGUAAAACCGUCCGUAAAUUUCGAUUGUCAGUGCGAUCAGAGGAGCAAGAAGUCGAAGAAAGAAUGCACGUCCUGGCAACACUCCUAUCGCCUCUUUAUCUCAGCCUCGCACCGGAAGCCUUCAACAAUCAGACGCAGUUCGAACGAGAAGCGAGCGAAUGCCGUUUAGGAUUCAAACCUGGCCGACCGUUCUCCGGUGUCACGGCCUGCAUUGACUUUUGCGCACACUCUCAUCGUGAUCUUCACAACAUGAACAAUGGAUGUACCGUGGUGGUGACGGUAACGAAACACCGAACUCUAUCCAAACCCGAAGACGAACAAUUGCACGUGCUUCCCCUUUACAUAAUGGACACCACGGAUGAGUACGGGUCAAAGGAUGGACAGGAUGAGAAGGUUCGCGCCGGAGCUGUAGAAGUUUUAUCAAAGUAUCCCUGCGAAGUCAGAGUCCGAUCAGUCCCCCUUCAACCCUGUAGACGACAUGGCAAGAAGAGAAAAGAGGACGAGCUCGACACGGUGACCAAUAAGAAGGACGGCUCGAAGAAUACCACCGAGAAAGUCUCGGAGCCAAGUCGUGUACAGGGACACCAAGAACCAGCAAGGCCGCAAAUGAGGGACCCACAACUGUCCCUGGAGAUGGCGUCCAUGUUCGAAGGGAUGGACGCGCAGUUACAGAGCUCCCAGGUAUCAUCUACCGUUCUAGACAGUCCGGUGUCCAUGUAUCAAGGUUGGGGUUGCCAGAACGAGCAGCAGUGGGGUAGGAACGGGUGGCUCGAUCAACGGAAGAACAACUGGUUGAAUCCGUGGGGCGAGUAUUCGUUCGGCGGUCUGGACAGAGACGUGAAAGUCGACCCCGACAGCACGAGUCUGGACGAUACAAGGCCUAGAAGCGCGAUUUCUCAGGACGAACAUCGGCCAGGUUCUCGCAAUUUGCCCAAUUCCACCAUAGACUCGCCGAGGAAUUGCUAUCCGCAUUCACCGAGGGCUCACCCCAUAUCACCUAGGAAUUCUCAUGCAGGAACGCCCGUGGAUGUUGCGUACUCCAUGUCACCGAGGGGUUGUCCUUCGACUCCUCAUGAACAGAAAAUGGCUCCGUCGAGAAACCCGGGAUACCCAGAAACGGGCUACAACCAUCCUCCCGCUGCUAGAAACUAUCCAAACGUCUACGAUAACAGACAAGCCAGUCCAUCCCCGAAGGCCAAUUGUCCGAGUUUCCAGCCUCAUUUAGAUCAAAGGGGCAUGCUCGUCCGUGCAAACCAACCGCACAAUCCGAACAGUCUACGUAACGUUGGCCAGGGUUGCGAUCAAUCGAAAUUAUCGUUCUCAAAACCAGUGCAAGAUUCUAGUCAGCAAAAAUACCCCAUGACGCAGAAUUACUUGGAGGCUCAGAAGUCGCAGAGCGAACAACACUUUGCGAAUAGAAUACAAGGCCACUACCCAUCGCACGCCGUUCAGUCGACGAGGAAUUUUCCAUACGAGGGUCAGCACAACGACCCCAACGCGGAUGUAUUCUCUGGGCUCUCGGUAUCCUCCUGUAUGGACAACGCUAGUCAUAAACCAUUCGGUGCUACGAAUCCGGAUCUAUUGCUUCACAAUCCUUCGCACCUGCCACCGAGUAAUCAGCAGACCGACGCUCACGCGUUAGGGACAAUCGAUCAAAGGAAAUAUCGCGCACAGAAACUGCAGGAACAGAAAUCGUCCGGAAUGAAUCAAAUGUCACCAGUCCCCUCCGAUCAAGCGGGCAGCUGGAACAUGCUUGGUUCUUGGUAUCCCGAACAAGUCAGGGCGUUCGACCAGCAGCAACAAACCUACAACGAUCAAGUGAACGCCGAAAGGAAUCAUCAAGCGCAAAUGGAGCACCAGAGAACCUUGAAUUGGAACGACAGGAUACCGCAUCCGGACCAAUCGAAGCAGCACAGCUGGGAAGCGCCGUCCGAUCCUUCUCCGUUUCGCGUACCAAAGGGUAGGCCACCGUCGAGGACAGCGGCCAACCAGAAUCCGGCCACGGAUAAUACAUAUCAAAAUUCUUCGAAUAGAACGUUCCUCAAGCCUCAGGAGCCGGCGCGUGGCGGCAUUUACGCGGACAGUCCUAGCAAUCCGUUACAAAACAGCGUAGCGACGCACCCGGGCAAUCAGCGGAGACCGGACUGGCCGGAGGACAAGAUGAAAGAAGGAUUCCACGAUGCCAGACAAAACGCCGCGAAUCCAAACUCGAACUGCUUCCCAUGGCCGGAGGAGAUGAAGCAAGUGCAAGACUUCCAUGCGAUGCAGGGCUUGGGACACCCCCACGCUUCUUUCCCUCAGUACGGGUACCCUACGUACCCUGUAUUCGACAAACCCUAUUCCAACACUUGGGAAGGCUACAACUACCACCAGCCGUAUCAUCCUCAAACGCCGGAGUAUCCGCCGAAAUUCUAUCAGCAACCAAAGAGAGAAGCUUGCUUCCCCUCGCCGCAGUACCCUUAUCAAGGAGUGCCCCCGUAUCAGGGCUUGAAUCCUGGCUGGGCUAGGUGGGACACUCCUCGAUGGGACAUAUACGGACCGCCACCUUACUUCCCAGUGUUACCGGAGCCACCGCCCAAAGCGGAGCCGCUCGGCGAGGUAGCAGAUUACUCCGACAACGAAGAGUGCUUCAAGGACUCGCAAAUGGGGGGAGUCGCGAUAGCGCUGGGCCAUGGCAGCGUCCUUUUUGAGUGCGCCAAGCACGAAAUGCACGCUACCACGGCCCUGAAGAAGCCCAACCGUAUCAACCCGACCAGAAUCAGCUUGGUCUUCUACCAGCACCGCAACCUCAACCGACCGAGACACGGUUGGGACGAGUGGGAAGAGAAGAUGCGACUCAGGAAGCUAGGCGUCACCGCCACGACCACCACCACCAGCUCGUCGACCACGUCGCAAACGUUAUCAACACCGUCGACACCCACCAGCCCAGCCAGCGCGACCACCACCGAGAAGACCACGCCGCUUCCUCACAUACCCAGCGUUCCCAGCUCCCAGUUCAUGAUGAGAUCGCCCACCUACACCACAAUGACCUGGACGACGCUCUUCCCCAUGCAUCCGUGCAUGAUAACUGGCCCGUAUCAGGAGGGUGGGGCCAUUGGAUGAGUGAUCGUCGGGGGCCACGGUUCCAGCCCUCGAUGACCACGAACCGUACCAGGAAUCGAUCGAUCUCGUCGCUGAACAGGCAACACCGAUCAACGAGCCUUACGUGAACCAGCGACACACCACCGAGCACACCCACGACUUGGGAACCUUAGCCGAACGUUCGACGUGAUCACAUGAGGUAAAUCACGCGAACCGACCGAGAAUUACCCUCGAAGGGAUCAAAGACCAAACGCGACGAAACCCGUUACCACGAGGGAUCGUCCACGGUACCGUCGUCGUUGUCCUAGACGCGUAUAAUUGUUUACCGAAGCGAGUACACGUUUGCACUGCCAUUUUUCUAUUUCACGUUUUUUCGGAGGAAUGCAACGUUAGACCGCGGGUUGAAACCGAGGUGACGAGCAUAUGGGAAUGAGUCAGGUGAAACUGAACACAGAUUCGCACGAGAGGAACAUCGCAGAAUACAAUUUUAAUCGGGGCUUCCCUUUUUAUAUGGAUCUUUUACACGAAUCACGGUAGGAUGUCGCGAGCGUACGGAGACGGGGGAGAAUCGGAGACGAUACAGGGAUCCCUCGUCGUGUUCAGGACGUCGUCGAAGGAGCAUGAAGACGUGACAAGGCAGCCAGGAGGAGGGACAGGCUGGAAGAAUACAUGAUUGAGGCUGAUUCACGGUAAUCGAAGAAACGAAACGCGCGGGUAGUGAAUCGGCUACGUUUUGUCGUACGCAGAGAGACUUCGACAGAGUAGAUUGCGAGAGAAUAUUAUGGAUAAACGCCAUGAGAUAGGAGGAUGAAAGGGUGAAAGGAUGAAGGAACGUAGCGCAUCCGAUUGUACAUUUUUUUAAAUGGUUUCGUGUUGGUAGAAUCGUAAUCGUAUUUAGCUAGUCCAAGCCUAGAUGACAAACAUUUCGCGACGUUAACCAGAGGUGGCAAGUAUGUACGCUGACGAUACGCGCGCGCGCGCGCGCGCCGGUACAAAUUUUUGUACAAAAGCCAAUCCACUUUGUAUAGUCACGCAGAGAGAUCGAUCCUCUGCCAUUUUUUUCAUACAUUUUCUAUAUAUAUAUUUUUUUUUUCAUUUUUUUUUCUGUAAUAUGUACACGCCGUGCAUCAUCGACACAACCAUACGCAGAGCCAAAUCGUCCGAUUAAUCGCCAACGGUAGAUUCGUCAACCCAAAACCCCCCCAGAUCCCUCGAAAAUCGUUAGUUUCGAAUCGAUUCUUUGCGAAAGUCGUUUGCACAAUCACGACGAGACUCCACGGGCGUGAGGUGCCGGGUAUCCCGCCACGAACACACGCAACACACACACACACAUACACACACGAAAAUGAUCUCAAUUUUUUAAGGUAAUCAAUUAAACGGUAAUUAUCAACGUUUAAUUUUUUUUUUCUUUUUUGUUUUGCUCGCAACAUCUCUCUCUCUCUUCUUUGUUUUCGUUCGCCUAUUGUACAUUGCGCUUGUUAAUCAUCGUAUUUAUUUGUAAUUCUGCACGUGUUUGCACCCGUAGCUCUUAUCACUGUGUACCACGUACUGAUUAAGAACGAACACUCAACGGAGAGACACACGCGACUAUUAAUUACUAACCAAUUCCCGUCCUUAGGGUCGGCUGAGUACAAAGCAUCUUUCUAACUAAUCACCUGAGUGACAAAACGAGUAACGAGUAACGAGCAACCAAACGAGCGAGCAAGCAAACAGGGACGCGAGAAAAGUUAAAAAAGAAAAGAAAAGAAAGAAAAAAAAGGAAAACAUCUCGUUGUCGUCUUCUUCGUCAGCUACGUUCUUCCGACUGUUUUUCCAAGCCUUUUAGAGUCUAGCAACGAUUCCACGAUCCCACGAUCCGCGGCUGGGAUCAUCGGAUCGCCUUCGUAGCCUUCCGAGAGGGCGUACCUCCGUGCGAGCGGAGGACACGCGUAUAAUAUUUCCAGACGUCGAACGUUCACGCGCUUGGACGGCCAUCGGAAUCUGGAAGUUCGACGUAGACGCCAGAGUCCGAACAACUCGCGGAGCCAAAACGAAUCCACGCGUUUAGCGCGUCGUUCGAACCCCCGCCCCCACCCCCCUUCAUCCCUAUUUUCCUGUAAAUAAUCUAGCUGCGACUUGCGUUGCGACUCCCCCGCCCCCUCAACUCCCUGCCCCAUCAAUGUUAGACCUACGUGUUUUUUCUUUCUUUUAUCGCGUUUUAAUCUUUGUUUCUUUUUUGUAAUCAUUUGUCAUAGCGAUCGAUAGGGAUUAAGGAUCAAUAUUACCGUCGUCGGUAGCGAACGGGAGGAGGUGCGCGAGAACGCCGAUCGAGAGACACGCGGGGACGCGUUUUAGGGUGGAGGACCAGCUUCGAUGUCCGAUAAACGACGAGGGCGGUUUGUUUAUUCGUUGGGGGGAACAAUUGCUCCGUGGCAAGUGGACGAAUCGACUUGGGAGAUCCCUACGCAGAGAAACUGCCUAGAGGAACUCUUCUACCUGUCACUGUCUUGGCCAGGUAGCUUGUACACUCAACGUCUGCAACUCUCGGUACUCCUUGAACCUCUUACCCAAGUCAGUUCUUUUACUUGCCAGCUCUUUUGUUCCCUAAAACCUCUUCCUCUUACCAAGUUCAUACUUUCGCUUGCCUCGGAGCAUAGUUUCAAUUAAACGCCAUUCCUCCGACUCCGUUCAUUGCCUCUCGAAUAUUCGACGCCGCUGUCGAACAGACCGGAAGUCGAGUCUUCGCCCACGCGUGUUCUUGGGGGUCUCGCGAAGACAUAGGGUGGUUCGAGGACGACACACACCGAAUCGACAGGCGCGAGAAGGGAAAAAGGGAACUACAAUAGACGCGUCCAACACCCUCGCCCAUCGAAGUAUUAUAAGAAUCAUUAAUAUAUUAUCAUUCAUUAUUAUCAUAACGUAGUAGUAAUAAUAAUUAUUAGCGGCAAACAGUAAUAAUUAAUAAUAUAAUCUAAUUUAAUCGAUUAUUUAUUGAUUAAGUUUUCGAUGAAACGCGUUGUUCUAUUUGCUAUUCGAUUUUUUCAUUAAAGUUUUGUUGCGCUUUUUGGGCGGCCCAACCCCCUCCCCCCCACUCACCUCCCUACCCCCAACCACCAUGAUCGAGUCGAAAGUGCACAGAGCCUCUUGUGGUUCGGUUUCUUUUUCCAGUCGUACGUCCAGUUCUUUUCUGAUAUUUUAUCUCUGUUUUCCCCCCGCGAUCGUAAACGAAAAGAAAACAGAGAAUAGGCGAGCUCGCGCCUCUUAAACGCUAGUCGUCCCUUGUAUGAUAUCUUUUACUCUUUCUUCUUUUUAAUCACUUUACCUUACACCCUGUAACAAGGCAAGCUUUGCUCGCGCAAAGCGCCAAUCCGUUCCUCGGUUUUCACGCGCGACCCCGGGGUCCCUAGGUUGUAAAACCACGAAGAAAAAUCGCGAAACCGACGUCCGAUCGACGGUGGACACUAUUUUUUAACACGAGUACCGUUCCUCGAUCAGUCCCCCUCGAGAACGCGAAUCGAUCUCAGUCAGUCAAUUAAGGAUAAAAAGGAAAAAUGUAAUCGCGCUGAAACCGCAAACAAAAAUCGCCGUGAGCUAGGCUCGACGUCCUUUCUUUUUGCUGGCGAUCGGUUCGAUCGCAGAUCUUCUUGUUUCCCAUUCACUGUUCGUCGAGGAUGAAUCAUAGAAAUAUUAUAGAUAGAAUAGGGGACCGUACAAUAGCUGACAAGAGAAAGAAGCGGUACCCUGUCGGUUUUUAACUACCACUGCAUGUUUAUAUAAUUUGUAUGGUAACGAUUAUUGGUUACCGUUUAUACCAGGGAUCUCUAACGUCAUCAAAUUGUUUUAAUUUCAUUGUAAAAUUUACAAUAUAAAGUAUAUCAUACAAAGUAAUAAGAUUAAAAUGGAAGAACGAAAGGGAGUCGAUAGGCCGAUGCUCAAAUUGCUGUGUUUCUUUCUUUUUCUUCUUCUUCGUUUUGUAUAAUUUCCUGCCAACGAGACCCGGAGACACGGGAUUUAAAACGCGACGAUGCCAAAAUAGUAUUAAAGGUAAUAAUUAGGGGCGUGUAAACGAGGGGAAUUUCACUCGUGUGUAGCUGUUAUACGAAUAAUACCGUCUCGGGGCUGCAAGUAUGUGUGAACGAGCGAGAGAAUCGAUCAGUUUUCUUUUUUCUCUUUUUUUUUGAAAGUUGAGGAAACAGAGGGAUUAAAAGAAUAAUAUCGAAGAGUUAACGUUUUGCCCGAAAUUUGUAUUUUGCGAGUGGAGAAACGCGAUGGUUUACGAUUUCGAACGAGUGAAGCGAAACGAGAGGAUAAACAAAAAAAAACUAAGAAAGAAAGAGGUUGAAACUGUAUUUUUUCUUCCAAUGCCAAAAAGAUGCCAUUUUGUUUUGUACGAAAAAGCUUAUGAAAAACUCACAAAAAAAAAGAUAAGAGAAAGAGUAUGAAACGAAAGAAGAGGAACAAUGGGUAUGCGAGGUUUGAUGGAUGACGCGUUGAUGAGGAAGAACAAGUUUUUUAAAUAGUUUGUAGCGAACGUAUAUAUAUAUAUAUAUAUAUAUAUAUAUAUAUAUAUAUAUAUAUAUAGAUGUAAUUAUGAUGGAAAAAGAAAAUUACAAAACAACACAACAAAUAUACUUGAGGUAUAUUCUGUCUCGUGAGAAAUAAAAAAAAAAACACUUAUGUCCGCCUUAUGAAACGAUGAUGCAGAAUAACAAUAGGGAGAUUGAUUUAUAAGAAUCGACAAAAAAUAAUAAUAAUAAUAAUAGUAACAAUAAUAAUAAUAAUAAAGUAAUUGAUUAAUUAACAAUAAAUAUUUGUAGCGUGCAGUGACAGUGACAGAGUUCUUUUGCGAAUGGGAAAGAAGCAAGAAGGAACACGAAACUAAAUAAAAACCGUAGCAUAAUGAGAGAGCAUACCUGGGGUGCGAAAAUCGUGAGACGUACGCGUAUUUAUACCAUUUGUUUCUGGUCGACAAGGUAUAUACAUGUACAUACAUGUCAACACAUGUGUACAUGUUAAUUUAUGUACACGUACAGCCAGUACCAUAAGUACUCGUACCCUUUAUGUCUAUCGAAAACAUAUUUUUAAAUUAACUGAUAAGUUUGAUGUUAUCAAAUGAAUUUUUCAUUAUAAAUAUAUACAUGCAUGAAGUUUAUUCAUGUACAUAUUUACAAUGAAACGCGUGAAGUUUAAUCAAGUGCGUAUUUACAAUGAAACAUGUGUACAAUUCAUUCAUGUACAUAUUUAUAAUUAAACAUAUAACAUAUAACAAACAUAUAACAAACAUAUAACAAACAGCUACAAAAACCUGUCGCUCAAUUUAAGUAAACAUCUUCGAUAAACAUAGAGGAUACCAAUACUUAGCAAACUGCCUGUAUAUACAAUACAUAAUACAUACAUAUAAACUUGUAUACAUUAUAUAUUGCAUAUGUUGUGUAUAUAAAUUUUUAAAACACAUUUGUGUAUGCAAGUAUGUACAUACAUAUGUAUGCAUGCAUGUACGUAUGUACUUACAUAUGCAAAAGCGUGUAUGUGCUUGUAUGCACAUACAGGGUGUCCCUAUAAAUCGAGAAGACCGCGGACUCGACGAAAGCAGAGAGAGAGACAGAAAAAAAAAAGAAUGGAAAAGAAGGCUCGCUCACAAUUUUUGCACUUUGGUACCAAAAUGUAUCCCCCCCAAUCACCCCCCAACCCCCCUACCCGGGUCACCCCAAAAAGAAUAGGGCAUACGAAUAUAGCGCUACGUAUACACCGACUACAUAUGUGUACAUAUAUUUUUGGAUAAAGAACCAUGGAGAAAUUUUAAAUCGAAAUUCGAGCCGCGACCCUGACCAGAGGUUGUCCCGAUGGAUCAUUCCGCUUUUUCUUUUUUUUAUUUUCUCGGCGUCAGGAUCGUCGAUGGACGAUAAAAAAAAAAUGAAUAUAGGAAGCGAGCGGAAAGUGGUGUGAUUAGUAUAAGAAGGAAAAAAUGAUUAAACCUUUUCUUUCGCGCGUAGUUUAAAUGGAAAUCGUAUCAUCUCUUUUUUUCAUUUUUUCUUUUCGCUCGCGAAAUCGUCGACGAUCCACGGAACCGAGAAGGAUCCACGGAUCCAUGGAUCGGUUGAAAAUAUGCCGGAGCGCGCCUAGAUCCAUCGAGGGAACCCACAGCUCGCGUCGGGCCCAAAUGUAUUUAUAAAUAUUUAUUUACGCGAGAUUAAAUGAUGAAAUGGAAAUAAAAACGACGAAUGGGAGAAAAAUCUAAUAUAUUGACGAUUUAAAAUAGAUGGUCGUAAGUUAAGAUGUAAGUUUUAUAAUGAAUAUAUAAAUAUAUAUACACGUACACGUGUACGUGUAUGUGUAUUUGUUUACAUGUAAAGCGUUUUACCGUCUUUCGCCGUUCGAUUGCGCCACAAAAAAAAAAAGAUUAAACAAACGAGCCGAACCAGCGAAAGGACUAGCGAAGCAAUCGUGUGGAAAGAGGAUGUAUCUCGACUCGAAAAAUCGGUCAACGGUAAACGAAACGAUAUUGCGAAAUGGGAAAAAUGUUUUUUUGUUCGUAACCGUCUUGUUUCUUGUGUUUUCUAUUUUGAUUUUUUUUUUCAUUGGAAUCGCGCAGGGAGGCGGCGACGUGAAAAAUGAAAAGUGGAAAAAAAAACAAAGUGGAGGAACGAAGAAACGAGCAUCGAUCGACGCGCAUCUCGAUCGGCCGCUACGGCUCAGGAAUUUUCGAAAUGCGCGUGGCGUGAUGACCGAUUUAAAAUAAACAAAAAAAUUAAACAACGCGGGUGUGCUUGAGCGAUGAAUCACAGUAUGCUUAGAGUUUAGUAGCGAUUUGUAGACGAUAAGUAAUAGAAUGUAAACUGAUCAUUGCUAUCGAUGACUAUUAUCGACGUAAGAGUACAUUUAGAAUGAUGAAUAUGUUAUAAGUAAGAUGUAAUUGUCCUUUGUGAAUAUACAUAAGAGAGAAAUGAGAAAUACAAGAAACUUUUAUGAGUA